UUAUUAUUCUCGAAACUGCCACGCGAGCCAGCAGACACUCUCUCACUCUCUCUCUCUCCCUCUCACUCAUGCCUCCCUCUUUCUCUGUGUCCUCUCCCAAUCGGUCUCCAGGUGUCCCUCGUGCGUGUGGUUAAAAGUUGGACACCAGAUUGAGGCGAGCAAUGGACGUGGUGAGGCGUGACUGAGUGACUGGCAGGCAGUGACAAGAUUUCUGCAUUACUAACUGGAGAAACUCUUGAAAACCUCGCCAGUCAUCUCUGUGGCCCUUGAAAACAGUCGUGGUGAGAGAGAAAAGCGAUUCUGAACACGGACCUCAAAACCCCAAAGACAGCGUGACACGUCCAUCUCUCUCUCCCUCAGCGUAGGACAAGAGUGAGAGGUGAGAGCAGGACAGGAUGGCGGAGGGCGGCGGGGUGUGUGCUGUGUGUCGGAAACCAGCCAAACAGUUCUGCUCCUCCUGCCGAAGCGUGUUCUACUGCAGCAGGGAGUGUCAGAAGCAGGACUGGAAGACACACAAGACACGAUGCAAACCUUAUGUCAUCCAGAACCACCCCGUCUUUGGCAGACACACGGUGGCCACGAGGGACAUCAGGGCGGGCGAGGUCAUCCUGCGGGAGGCGCCGGUGGUGGUGGGGCCCAAGCAAUGCUCCCCCCCACUCUGCCUAGGCUGCCACCGCCCCCCCGACGGCUCCUAUUGCUGCCCUUCCUGCCACUACCCUCUCUGCGGGCCCCAAUGCAGAGCCGCCCCCGUGCACAAGCGAGAGUGUGCAGUGCUGUCCCAGGCCAAGAGCAGGCUGACGGUGGACAGAUUCGACGCCCCACACCCCGCCUACGAGUGCAUCACGCCCCUGCGCUGCCUGCUGCUGAGGGAGGCUGACCCGAAGCACUGGGAGGCCGUGAGUCAGCUCCAGGACCACAGUGAGGCAGUGAAGGCCAGCGAACUGCACGGAGUCAUUCAGCGCAACACAGUAGACUUCCUCAGGGGGUUUAUGCGGUACGAGGGGGCCAGUGAAGCAGAGAUCUACCGUAUGUGUGGCGUGGCGGUGGUGAACAGCUUCGAAGUGCGACACAACGGGAGCAGAGUAAGAGCACUGUAUCCACAAGCCGCUAUGCUCGCCCACCACUGCGUCCCCAACACCAAGCACGCCUUCGAUGCUAACCUGACCAUGAUCCUUCGCGCCACGGUGGCCAUCAGGAAGGGCACCGCCAUCACUGCCACCUACACCAACACCUUCUGGAACACCAUGCAGCGACGGAAGCAACUCAAGCUCAGUAAGUGCUUCCUGUGUUCGUGCCAGCGCUGUGCCGACCCUACCGAGCUCAGCACCCACUUUGGCACUCUAAUGUGUGGGGAGUGUGGGACAGGCUUCGUUCAGCCCAUCACACCCCUGGACCUGCUCUCUGACUGGGUGUGUGGCAAGUGUGGUGUGGUGGUGAUGGCCAAAACGGUGUUCUGGGGCGACCAAAUCUUGCACAAGGAACUGAAGGGGCUGGACCAGAGCAACGCGAGGCCCUUUGAGGAGUUCUUAGAGCACUACAAGAAGGCGCUACACCCCGGCCACCGCUUCCUGGUCGAGGCAAAAUACGCACUGGUCAAAAUUUACGGAAACUCGCCCGAACAUCGCUAUAGAGACAUGAGCCGGGAGCAGCUGGAGAACAAGGCCAAGUACUGCCGGGAGCUGCUGCAGCUGGCGGAUGUGUUAGCGCCGGGCCAGUCCCUGUUGCGGGGCACUCUGCUGCUGGAGCUGCAGGCCGCCCUGGUGGCCCUCGCCAGGCUGCUGCUCUCCAACGAUAUCAUCACACAGGAAGACUCCAAGGACUAUAUGACGGAGGCGGUGAAGCAUCUGAAGGAGGCGUCGGAGAUCCUGCGACACGAGCCGGAGAUGGACGAGGGAGGGCUGGACGCUAAACUCAAGAAACUGUCUGAGGAGCUGGAUGUGUGAAGGAGUGGUGGUGGUAGUGGUGGUGGUGGUGGUGGUGGUGGU